GCCCACGGUGCUGGGCCCUGCUCUUGGCACUGCUUUGGGCUUUGCUCAGCCCCUCCAUGGCCGCAGCUGCUCCUCAGCUCCGAUGGCUGCCGAGGAAUUGAUGCCGUCCCCAUCCCGGGACCCCUUUCGCACCGAGGGGCCCCGGUCUGUGGUGAAGGGGAGGAUGAAGGGGCUCAUCCCAGCCCCCCAAGCCCUUCAUUCUCCCAGUGCUGGUCAGUGCUGUGACCCCACAGCCGCAGCAGUGCCCGGAAGGGUCGGGGGUCCAGGGCCACCUCCCACCUCUGCUGCCGUUUGUUUGCUCUGGAUUAAUGGAAACCAGAUUGUGCAGCCGGGAAAGAGCCUGGAAGCCAAAUCCUGCUGCUGGAGUCCCUCCCGGUCUGCAGAGCUGCUGGCUUGGGAAUUCUCUAAUCAGCCAAAUGACCGUUGUCUGGAGCCGGGUGCUGGCAGCAGCCCCGGUCCCCUGGACUUGAGCAAUCCCACCCAGCUGGCUUCCAGCUGCGCCCUUGGAAAACAAACGGAGCCCCUCGCUCUGUCGGGGCAAGAAAACCAGAGCUGCCUUUCUACUUCCAUAAGGAAACUCAGGUCUCCUGCACGAAUCCCGGGAACGGGCUCGGCCAUGGGUGCGUGGUUGCUGCUCUUGGUGCUGCUGGCGGUGGCCCCGGCACAGGCGGCAGCCCCGCGGCACCGCCCGGUGCUGCCGGAGCCCGUGGGCAGCGGGGACGGGGAUGAGGCGUCGGCCACGCUGCCCGCCCAGCCCGUGACCCCCCGGAUCAGCCCCACGGUGGGGGACGCGCCGGGGACCACGGUGACCAACAGCUCGGCGCCGGGUGUGCUGGACGGGCUGGUGGACUUCUUCAAGGAGUACCUGCUGCUGGUGGUGGUGGUGGGCUCACUGUCCUUCGUCCUCCUCUUCAUCAUCUGUGCCGCCGUCAUCGUCCGGCAGAAGCACAAGGCCUCCGCCUACUAUCCCUCCUCCUUUCCCAAGAAAAAAUACGUGGAUGAGCGGGACAAGUCGGGGGGAGCACGGGCGUUCAGCGAGGUGCCCGAGAAAGCGCCCGAGGCCGGUGCGGAGGAGCCGCUGGAUGGCAGCCGGCAGCUCCAGGCGGACAUCCUGGCUGCUGCCCAGAACCUCAAAUCCCCCCCCAAGGCACCGCUGGCCAAUGGGGCCCGGGGUGAGCACAAUUCCCCUCAGGAGGAGGAGGAGGAGGAGGAAGAGAAGGAAGGAAGGAAGAAGGUGGGGGAUGAGCAACCCAAGCCCCCUGCCCAAAAUCCCGGUGCGGAGGAAGAGGCGAGCGCAGGAGGCAAGGAGACCCCUGAUGCAUCCCAGGAUGGCUCCCAGGCCCCCUCUGGAAUCUGAGGCAGGGACACGGUCCUGGGCAAGCCUGAGGAGCUGCUGGCUCGGGACACACGAUGGACAUGGUGGAUGAGGCUCUGUACGUACGUGGUGGCUCAAGGGAGCCCCGAUGAAGAUCCCAUUCCCUCCCCUGACCUCGUGCUGAUGGGAUGCUCAUGGGGGGGAUUUGCCAGCUGGUGGUUUUCCCCAGUGCUGGAAUGCUGUCAGCGCCACUCCUGCUGCCCAAGGGGCUUCUCCCACCCCAAGCACUGGGGUAGUGCAUCCCCCCAGCUCCAGCCCUGCCCCCAGUGUGCCACCAGCUUCCUCCCAAACAUGAUUUUAAUAAUCAGCAGCAGCCUGGUCCCUGCCCGGUGCCUGGCUGGGAGCUGUGUCCCUCUGGGAAGAGGGAUGGGACCAGGGCUGGAGGUGUGUAGGACAUGGGGCAGCUUUGCCCAUGGCCAGCCGAGGGGAGGAGGGAUGAGGAUUUAGGGACAAGGACUCUCCUUUCCUUCUUUCACCCCAGAGCCCAGCUGGAUUUUUGCCUCAUUUCCUAAACCCCUUCAGCUAGAAAUAAACACUUCCUCUGCACA